AGCAUGCGCGCGAUUGGACGGCAGAAGGGUGCGGGCGUUUUCACAUGCCACAGGCAAGUCCGUGCGCAGGCCCCCCCUCGCCCCGGUCACCCAUUUAAUGGCCGCUACAAAUACGUUGAAGAGCCUGCCUCGUGGUGGCGAGCGCCCCGAGCGCCCCGAGCGCACGCAGGCGGUGGCCGCUGCGAGGAGCACGGGGUCUCGCCACUACCGCAACCCAGUCCGCCCGAACCUAUGGCGGUCCUGGCGCUAGAUGUGGAGUUCACGCACCUGGAGCCUGUGGGCAACACCUCAGGCGAGGGGCAGCAGAGGUCCGACAAAAGGCGGCAGGCUCCAAGCAUCAGCGUUGCGACCUGGGUUGCGGUCGUGGGCCGGUUCGGCACCGCGCCGCCGGCUCUCAAGUCGUACAUCAGCCUGCCGCCGGAGCUGAAGACCCAACCUUGCGAUUGCGUGGCUGACAAGGAGAACGAGGUCUCGGGGGAGGCCUUGGGGAAAAAAUGGUACAGGGUUGUAGGGGGUGUGAGAGAAGCCGCUCUGUGCAACGCUCCCUGCCUUGCAGAGGUACAGCAGCAGCUGCUGGCGCUGUUGCGGGAGGGCCGCUGCAAGGUGCUGGUGGGUCACGGCAUCAGUAAAGACCUUCAGUCGCUCGGCAUUGAUGAGGAAGCCGACCUGCGGGCGCAUGGCGUGAAGACAUUUGACACAAUGUCGUUUCCCAAGUUUCAGGGCCGCGGCGGGAUGUCCAAGGCGUUGGCGGUGUUGGCAAGGGAGUUUCUGGGCGGGCGGCAGAUUCAGACGCGUCGGGGCGCACAUGACCCUGAGGAGGAUGCACGUGCUGCCAUGGACUUGUACGUCAGGCACGUGGACUAUGACUGCAUGGUGGAGUACGAGACACAGCGACUGCUGAGUCAAGCUGCGGCUGCAGCGGGAGCACGGCACGCAGUCGUGGCGAAUGGCUGUGAUGGUGGCAAUGACGGUGGUGCGGAGGUGGAGGAGGGUAUUGAGAGAUAGAGAAACAUGAGUAGGAGGCGUCUUUGUUUCGAUAAUGUCUGAGGCUUUGGUGGGGAAUCAGCGCUUAGCACAUUCUAUGCGGGAUUGGUGGGGAAAGGCGUCGCGCGCUGUGCGAGAUUGUUGGCGUCGCCACGAGUCAGGGAUUGUGUUGAGUGCCAGUCCUUGUUCAGGUCGGCCUUCUUGGAGGGGAUGUAGGUGAUGGGCUGGGUGCCGGCUGGCGCUGGGGCGUCUGCCGCACCCGCAUGCUGGAGGUCAGGGGUGGCCAGCACGCUCGACUUGGCCGCGUGCGUGGCGCAGCCACACACCGGAGUGACCGGACAUGUACCAGCACUCGCUCAUGCGUGCUCUCCUCUGUAAAGGGGUACCCUG